CUCCUAUCCGCCUAGCCCCUUGGAAUGUCUAUAUAAGGGUGGCUCCCCGGCCGGCAAUGAAUCGUCUCAUCUCACAAUCAAGCAUCGAAACUUAAGUCAUUCACACUUCAACACACCUCAUCUUCCCAAUAUUACCCGGAAUCUCAGCUCUUCAAUCAGUAUGCAGUUGUCCACGACCAUCUCUGUCCUUUCUAUGGCCCUCGCGGCCGCUGCGUCCCCUGAAGUCUUUGCCCGAGGCGGCAAAAAUACUGCCUGCUGCAGCGGCUUUGCCAGCUGCAACGUUGUUGUGGGUGACAACUGCUCCGGUGGGGACGUGUUGAAGUGCAAGACCAAUGCUCCUGUGGGUAGUAAAGGUAGUGUCACCGUGAUUCGUGCUUUCGACUGCGUCGAUAUCCUCUAGUCAUGAGCAAAGGCGCGUAGAGGUCGGGUGCGAGUCCGAACGAAUGUGGUGCAGGAAUGAAAGAUUCUGCCAGGAACAAAUGGAUGGCUGCCACUCUUUUUUCCCACUGGGUUUUUUUAACGAGGGCAUCAAUCCAAGGAUUAGAAUGGUAGUAAGGAUAAAUUCAUUCAGAUACCUUGUGUCUAAACUUGCCCUGCCAAUCUACGAGUGUGUUCAGCGGUUGAAACAGUUAUCCUAACGAAGCUGUACCUCAGUGCAUCCCCCAUCGACGCAGAUACAACAAUGCAUGCCUUCUUCGUCCUGAGUGAGUGUGAAAUACUUGAAAGCCAAAUAUUGUCCGAUGCUCGUCAGACAUCUGCAGACAGCUCAUCGGACGAGAUUGGGU